UACACCUCUCCAUCGCAGGCUAGCCGUGAAGCGCAUAGUGGAUGGAAUAGUUGCGUUGGGAUAUACCCACUAUUUUUUUUUAAAAGCAAGAAGUGGCCGGUUCUCAGCACUACAGACAGGAGAAGAUUCGUCUCACCUGAAAGCGUAAAAUAUUCUUUCGGUGAGGAAGAGUCGGCAGGAAAAAACACAUAGUGGACCCUAUAUUUACAGAGCAAUUGACAUCAUCGGGCAGGGGUGGCCAUGCCAUUCGGCUGUUUAACACUCGGAGAGAAGAAGGAUUAUAACAAUCCCUCAGAGGUGACUGACAAGUAUGACCUGGGACAAAUUGUCAAGUCGGAGGAGUUCUGUGAGAUUUUCCGGGCUAAGGACAAGAAUACGCUGAAAAUGUAUACUUGUAAAAAAUUCCUGAAAAAGGAUGGAAGAAAAGUACGGAAAGCUGCCAAGAAUGAGAUCCUCAUUUUAAAAAUGGUGAAGCACCCUAAUAUUCUCCAGCUGGUGGAUGUCUAUGAGACCAGGAAAGAGUACUUCCUCUUUCUUGAACUUGCUACAGGCAGAGAGGUCUUUGACUGGAUCCUUGAUCAGGGCUACUACUCGGAGCGAGACACCAGCAAUGUUAUCCGACAGGUGAUGGAAGCAGUAGCCUACCUACACUCCCUGCGCAUUGUCCACAGGAACCUCAAGCUGGAGAACCUGGUAUACUACAACCGUCUGAAGCACUCCAAAAUUGUGAUAAGUGAUUUCCACCUGGCCAAGCUUGAGAAUGGACUCAUCAAAGAGCCCUGUGGAACCCCUGAGUACCUGGCUCCUGAGGUGGUUGGAAGGCAGAGGUAUGGAAGGCCAGUCGAUUGUUGGGCCAUUGGGGUCAUCAUGUACAUACUGCUGUCAGGAAACCCCCCAUUUUAUGAUGAAACUGACGAUGAUGACUACGAGAACCACGACAAGAACCUCUUCCGGAAAAUCCUGUCGGGAGACUAUGAGUUUGACUCUCCAUAUUGGGAUGACAUUUCUGACUCAGCGAAAGGGCUGGUGGCAUGUCUAAUGGAAGUGGACCAGGACCAGAGGCUUACUGCACAGGAAGCCAUCAACCAUGAGUGGAUAUCUGGAAAUGCAGCUUCUGACAAGAACAUCAAGGACGGUGUCUGCGCACAAAUUGAAAAGAACUUUGCCAAGGCCAAGUGGAAGAAAGCGGUAAGGGUCACGACAAUCAUGAAGAGGCUGAGAGCCCCAGAACAGAGUGAUUCGGCGGCUGCCAGCCCCUCGUCUGCGGCGCCGGGCGGCCCCGUGACUCCGAGCGAUGCCCCCGGGCCCCCUGCCGAGGCCUCUCAAAGCACUGCAGCUGGCACAGACCCUCCCAUUGAGCCAGCUGCCAGCUCAAAGGCAAACGAUGAGCCUGAGAUGGAGGACCCCUCAUCACGGUGUAACGGAGAGGCCCCCGUGCCCCUCCAAUCAGCCACAGAAGCCCGGGAUGAGCAGAAUGGUUAAACACCCAGCACCCUCCAGCCCACCCUUCCGCUUUGCCAACACAUCCCUGCUUCCUGUAUAUUAGCUGCUAGCAUGGUGAUGCUGAAUCUGCUUAACUCCUCACUUGCAGCGUUAGUACAGUAUGAUCUCACAGAGCCUGUGUUCUUUCCUGAGCUGUGGUCUGAUCUUUAAUUGGUCUCUCUUGAAUGUGUCAUUUGCCCAAGCAUGAAUUAAUGCUCUCAUCUGUCUCAUGUUUAAUUUGAUAUGCAUCCCAAUAUUAAAUGGAAAAUACACACUGUUCUCUGAAUACCUUAUUUUUGAAAUUCCCAUCCCAACGCACACUUUAUACAUGAGGAAGGAUCCUGUUAUUUUUCACAACUUUCCAUUGCUAAUCUAUUUUAAUGGUAAUCCUGUCACUUAGAUAACAAAGUCAUAUGGUGUUUCCUUGUGAAAUUGUUCUUUACAUGCAGUUUGAGGAAAAAAUACAGUUUGCCCAGGUCUUGUAUUUUUCUCUGUUUUAUGCUAAUUUUCCACCCAGAUCAAAUAAAAGUUGGUGUGCAAUAAUGUAUAAUACUUAUACAUGUGAUCAACGCAAACUACCCAUAACAAAUGAAUGAAAUUACAUGAAAAACAAUAGCAAUAUUAGCCAGAAAAUCCUGACGUGCCCACAGAACUGGAGGUUUUGCAUUAAUAUUUACCCAGAACAGGGAUUACCAUUUCACAGGACCAGCUCCAUAUGGAAACUUCAAUAUUGUCCUCACAUACCCCACUGUGAUAUACAGUCUUUCACUAAAAAGGAGAGAGAGAAGGAGAUUUUUUCUUUUUCAGACAUAUUUAUUUCGUAUAUUGGUAUUUCUUCUCUCAUGGGCUUGACAAUGGUUACUUCAUAGUGUGUGCUUUUGAUGUUUUGCCCUGUGGUACAGCUGUUUACCUGCUGAGCUUUACCAUCUCCAGGCACGUCUGUGCUGAGGGCUCCUUGGGAAAACACACAUGGCUCUUAGUGUCAAACUGCUGUAAAUAGAAACUUCUGUAGAAGUAGCCAAAAUGGCAUGUGCUGUGACCUUUCUUGUUGAUUUCACAUUGUUAUUAAGCAUCUGAUGGAUAAGGAUUUAAACUUACUUCUUGCCUUACACGUCCAUCACAUAGUAGAUACGUAGAUAAAAUUGACACAAGUGUUGCAAUUUUUUGUAUUUUUUCAUGGUGCCAGAGAAAUUAUUUCUAAUAUAACUACACAUCCACGUGAUCAUGUCUUUAUGCAAUGUCAACAGAGCAAUUUAUCAAUAAAUGUUUCAAUUAUGGAAUAUCUAUUGGUACAGCACUUUCACAUUAGGUGUUUUAACUUUUUCCAUUGCUAUCUGUGAGCAAGGUUUAAUGCUCAUGCUAAUAAGGACAAAAGCUCUCCUCUCCCUGUCCUUGCAUGUAAAAUAUUUUGUCUUGUUUUUUAGACUUUUCCACAGAAAAAUACUCCUUAUUUCUAGGUAGCAUGCAAAACAUUCCUUAGAAUGUAUUUCACACAUCCUUCUUCGUGGAUUGAUGAUUUGAGAAUUAUUUGUAAAACAUACGGCCCAUAUCCUGGGACAGUAUCAAUUAAAAACUCAUUCAAAGUUACACAUUCAAAAUAUGAAGUCAUCCUUUGUCAUUCGAGACUUUUAUGCUUUUUUGUUGCAUCCUACAAUACCUCUCUACUUUAAUGUGUGGCACUCCAAUUAAGAGAGGAUAACUGCAGUGAUUAAAAACACAGACGUUGCUGCAAAGCCACAGCAACAUAGUGUAAAUGCUAUGCCACAUUGGAUGGGUGUUGCCAAACCUGCAAAUCCUUAUCCAGCAGAUGUCUCUCUCCUCUCCUCGGUACAACGCUUUCAACUCAAUGUGUUGAGCGUGUAUUCUGUUCUCUGUGCCUCCUGAAACCCAAAACCUGCUUAUCCCGAAAGUCAAUCAUUCUCACACAUUUUUAGAUCUUUAUUAGCAGCUCCUUUGAUCUUACUCCUGAGAAAAUAACGCAAUUUACAAAAGGAAAAUGCAUUCCUUUAAUCUUGCUGUCGCACACUAGCUGACUACCAUGUGAAUAAUGAUACUGAAAGCCAUCUUCGUUUCCUUGUCUUCUUUGUUCACACUUUCUGUUGUAAAAAAAAGUAUAUAUAUAUAUUUGGUUAUUUGUCUUGGCUUGUGAGAUUCAACC